ACACCUAACCACACAGGUGAUAUACGGCUUGUAUUUUCAUCCGGGCUCUAUUAUAUCAGGCUUCCAUAUUUACAUAAAUAAGGAAGUAGCUAGAUUUUCAGAACGGUCAAUACAUAGACAGUUUAUAGUGGACAGCUGUGACAUGGCGAUACUACGGCGUCACAAGGUGCUUCUAGGGUUGUCGGUGAUUGGGGUGAUACUCCUCAUCGGCGCAUUCACAAGCCCAGGGUGGUUCCGAAUUCGUUACGUCUCCACGGGGCCGGGAGAUGGCUGGGAGAAUCACCUAUCGGGAAAAGGACCUAUCGCCAUGACCAAGAGAGAGAGCGAUCCCGAGAGACGUCGCCAACAUCAGAGAGACUCGGAGGUUCCUCCCCUCGAGGAUAAGUUUGUUUAUAUUUCCGCAGGGUUGUGGUACUUUAUGACAUGUGUCGAGUAUGUCGGAGACGACUGGAAUACAAUCGAGAAGUGUCACUACAGUACCUACUGUCAUGCUAGCCAUGCCGCGGACCAUCUCCCGGAGGUGAUGCGCGGGGUCGGACUCGAGUCCGUCUACAUGAAUAUAGGCGAAAUGGCCCGGUUCGGAUUGCUGGAAUUCCAGGUGGAGGGUGCUAUUGGAAUGUUUUGUGCUAUUGUGGGGAUGAUCGCCGGCUUCUGGUAUGUGCGUGGUCAUUUCACAAAGAGAGGGGCCGGACUGACCACUUUCAUCUUCCACAUCAUCGCAGGUGUGCUGUUCGCGGUGAUAUUCGGUAAGGUGAUCACUAUGUACAAGAUGGCCAUUAUGACUGUGACACAGUUUUACGACUAUGAUACCGACUUUAUCUACCUGUAUAUGGCGAUACCUUACCCACUUCUGAUCGUGUCUCUUGGCUCUGUUAUUAUACUCGGAGUCUCUCUCGUUUUCCUCAUCAUCCUCUCAAAAGGGCCACGCAAGCACAUCGAUCUGAUCAAAGCCACAGGAAAAGGACCGGGUGUGCCUUUCGGAAUGAUAUCCCCACCCGGAUACCAGCCAUUUCCUGGCCAUGCCGACCUCCCACCAACCAAGGAGAACGGUCCACUCCCGGAGAAAGAGCCUUUAUAAGCCGUUUAAAACGAACAGUCUCUACAAUGUACAUGUUGUACUAUGUUGAUAUAUGUAAAGAGUAAAUGAUCUAUAAUAAUGAUCUGAAUGAAACAUGUUGGUUACUUAAAGAUUUGAAUAUUACUUGACACUAUUGUUUAAUAUCUUGGAUGAAAUUCCACCACGUUUCAAAUGCAAACCUUUAUAGACUGGAGUAUUGUCCACAUGAACAGGAUUUGUCUCCCUUGUAUGGAUGAGAUAUCAAAUUAGAUGCUAUUAUUUUCAAUUUGAAUAUAAAUUGCUGAACUGAACACGAAACAAAUAGCAGAAUAUUUUUUUAGAAAUAGAAGAUGUUCAGCGGUAUAGUCAUGGUAGUCACCAUAACGUUAACCUGACGGGAGACAAGUCCUGAUGCUAGUGAGAAAACCUUUUCAUAGAAAAUUUACUUCAUUUUACAUUUUACAAUUCUUUUCCGUAAAACAAUCUUCAUUUUUUGCUUUUCAAUUAGUAUUGUCUUAUUGUCGUAUUGAUAAAAAAAAUACAUGUGUACAUGUAUGUAAAUUGAUCUUCUAAAAACAAACAAAAAUGCAUAGGAAUAUUUU